UUCUUUUUGUUUAUUUAUUGUUAUUAUUUCCUUUUUUUUUGUUAUUCAUCCGUUCUUUUUCGUCAGUUGUCAAAUCGCUAGGAGUUUUUCUGGAUUUACCAGAUGAAAUGUCCAGUUCCAUCUGCAAUCGCACGGCAAAGAAAUGGACAUAUUUAAAGGAUGGACAAUUACUUGCAGCAACUUUUGUGUGGAAAAUUGUGUGUUUCGUUGUUGGUCAAAUGCAAUUUAUUUCGUGUUCCCAAAUGGAUAGAAAAAAGGCCGUUUUAUUGGUUAUGCAAUUACAAAUCGUUAUCCUACUUUCCCUCCUCAUCACCUGCGUCUACUCCAGAUCUCUAGGAACACACAGGAAACCUGGACACAAGAAACACCGAUACCACACGGACCUCCCAUGGGACCUGACUCCCCGGAAAAGGGACCACAUCAACCAUGUGGAUGAGUGCUGCCCCUCAGUCACCGAGAUCAUCCAACCCCGGGGAGGCGUCUCCAAAUCCGGUCGAAUCCUCGAACUCUACCGGGACCCAAACUCCACCCAGAGCUUCUACCAAACCUCAUGCCGCGAAGGGGUCAAGGGCCAUCCCUGCCAGUAUGUGGACAGGAGGUCCAUGUGCGUCCAGCGCUACACCUACACCUAUGCGCUGGUCAGGGAGUUCAACAGCAACGGACCUUGGAGGCUGGACUACAUCAGGGUGAGGAGCGGAUGUUCUUGCGAGGUCAAGACAUUCUACGGCAGGAGGAAAAAGGACGUGGCCUGAGUACAGGACAGAGUGGACGAGAUGAGAGGAUAGUGGAUGGAAUCUAGUCAAUCAUCUUUGGGACCUAUCUAAAUCAAUGUACUUAAGUUUUCAUCUUGUUGGAAUAUAGUCAAGUCACUUUGUGAACGCUCAAAGCAAGUGUUGAAAAAAUAUAGUUGUUCUCAAAAAAAAAAAAAAAAUCCAUAAUUAUUUCUUUCAAUUCGUCUGUUCCAAUUGUGUGAUCUAUAUUUCACCGCACGUAAUUGUUGAAAGAUAUUUAUGCAUUAAUUAUAUAUACAUGUGUUUCAUUCGGCAACUCUAAAAAAAAAUCAGUGCAUUUAUUUCCUUGAUCGAUAUUUUUUUUCUGAAAUAAUUUGUAAAAAGAUUAGCUUUAUUUAGUUAUUAUUCUGUGGAACAAUAACGCCAUUUGGGCAAUUUUAAUCAUAAUUUUUUAGUUUAUUAUAUUGAAUCGAUUACUUUUAUUGAAUUCCAGGAGAUGAUUGCAAAAACAAAAACAAAAAUCACUGUUCAGUGUGUAUCAAUGUUUUCUAUCGUGCGAUUGGCAAAACGCAUAUCAGUAUCUGCUUUUGGCCUAAAUACUCAAAGAAAUGGUUAAAAGAAAUCAGUAUUUUGUAAGUUGCUUUUCAGUGUCAAUCUAUUUUAGAAAUUUUAACCUUAAUUGUCUUGAUAUGAUGUCGAUCAUUCGAUAUGAUGUCUUGAUAUGAUAGUCAAUCGAUAUGAUGUAUGAUCUAAAACAUUAAUUAGUUCAUUUGAUAAUUAUUAAUUAGUUAAAUUCAUAAUUUCACACAGAUUCACAAAGUGAUUGUCAAAAAAGAAAUCAAUGCAAUCAGCAUAUCCAUAUUUCUCAGUUCCGAGAUUUUAAAAAGGAAAUUAAUAUUUAUAUUAAAAUUAAAUUUUCGAAUGCUUUUACUGUAAAAUGAAACCAAUUUAAUAUUACUUUAUUUUCUGAAAUUUAAAUUUGUUUCUUAGUUUACCAUAAUUUAUUAACUUCACUUUCUCGAUCAAUGCAAUGAACCACUGAUUUAACAUGGCUGUAAAAAAGAAAUCAUAACAGAUGAGUGAUUGUGUAUUUGUGAAAACUGUAGAAGUGAAUGUUUAAUUGUUAUUUUUCAUUUAAAAUUACUUGUUAAGCCAACCGUAUAUUUUAUUCCCUUAGCCCAGCUGCGGUUGUCCCAUUUCUUUACUGCUUUUAGUAAAAAUUUAAAAUCUAAUUUAAAAAAAUAGAAACAAUACAAUGUUAAACUCAUCGGCCUAAUGAUGAAUAUUAUACCAAAUAAUUAAUAUAAUAAUUAAUAUAUGUAGAUCCCUAACUUAGCCUUUAACAUUUGAUUGUUAAGAGAAGUUAACAAUUUCUCACCAAAUGCUUUUUUUUUCAUAUAUGUAAGGCAUAGUUUCCAACUCAGUUUGAACUAAUUUGAUUUACUUGAACCUUUGUAAGUCAGGAAAAUCCUUAUCCAUUAGAAAUUUGUAUUUGAACUAAAGGUUACAAACUGAAAUUAAAUAAUUGCCGCACAUGUAGAUGGACUUGUUCAAAACCAGUAUUCCAAAUUCAUUAUGGCUACUUAUUGUGCAAUUUUCAAUUAGAAACGCAUCGGCUGCACAUUACAUAGAUUAAACUUCCCAGAACUUUCAGCCUUCAAAUAAGGAAGAAAAAUUCACGCAUUCUUUCACGAAGCAAUGACGGCGGUUUGAAUUUUAGGGCAAUAAUAAAAUUUAUUGUUAAGAGAAGUUAACAAUUUCUCACCAAAUGCUUUUUUUUCAUAUAUGUAAGGCAUAGUUUCCAACUCAUUUUGAACUAAUUUGAUUUACUUGAACCUUUGUAAGUCAGGAAAAUCCUUAUCCAUUAGAAAUUUGUAUUUGAACUAAAGGUUACAAACUGAAAUUAAAUAAUUGCCGCACAUGUAGAUGGACUUGUUCAAAACCAGUAUUCCAAAUUCAUUAUGGCUACUUAUUGUGCAAUUUUCAAUUAGAAACGCAUCGGCUGCACAUUACAUAGAUUAAACUUCCCAGAACUUUCAGCCUUCAAAUAAGGAAGAAAAAUUCACGCAUUCUUUCACGAAGCAAUGACGGCGGUUUGAAUUUUAGGGCAAUAAUAAAAUUUAUUGUUAAGAGAAGUUAACAAUUUCUCACCAAAUGCUUUUUUUUCAUAUAUGUAAGGCAUAGUUUCCAACUCAUUUUGAACUAAUUUGAUUUACUUGAACCUUUGUAAGUCAGGAAAAUCCUUAUCCAUUAGAAAUUUGUAUUUGAACUAAAGGUUACAAACUGAAAUUAAAUAAUUGCCGCACAUGUAGAUGGACUUGUUCAAAACCAGUAUUCCAAAUUCAUUAUGGCUACUUAUUGUGCAAUUUUCAAUUAGAAACGAAUCAGCUGCAUAUUACAUAAAUUAAACUUCGCAGAACUUUCAGCCUUCAAAUAAGGAAGAAAAAUUCACGCAUUCUUUCACGAAGCAAUGACGGCGGUUUGAAUUUUAGGGCAAUAAUAAAAUUUAUUGUUGAAAAUUAGGCAAAAAUGUAUAUUAAAAAAACGUGUAAAACAUUCAGGGAAAGGUUGUACGGCCCUCUCCUAAGUAUAUAUAUAUAUAAUAUUUAACUUCAAAUUGCAAAAAAAAUAAAAUUUUUACUUUAGCAUUUUUGAAACUUUUGGCUGAAAAACGCCAAAAUGUCACUUAAUUUGCAAUUGAAUAAAAUUCUAACUACAAUUUUUAAAAAAAAUCACCCCGAAGUGAACGAUCAUUAAAUUGGCGCCAGUAAAAAAAUAUUUUUUAAAUUCCAAAAUGGCGAAAAAAUUAAGUUUUUAUUUUAGCAUUUUUGAAACUUUUGGCUGAAAAACAUUAAGAUGUCACUUUAUUUGUAAAUGAAUAUAGCUCUAAUUACAACUUCAAAAAAAAAUCACUUCCACGUGUACAUUCUCUUCCUCCAAAGUAUAUAUGUGCCAAAUUUGGUAUAUCUAGGCCAAUCUAUUUGGCCCAUAGGACACCAAAUUCAUUUAUUAUUAAUAGGGUUAGUAAAUUUAACUUAGUUGAUUGAUUUUUUUUUAUCAAAAACAGAUUUAUUCAUUUUCAAUCGCCCUUUUUAUUGUGAUAAUUAUAAAAGCAGUAAUGAUAACCUUUCAUAAUUUCGAAGCACCUUAAAAAAAAGUGAAGUGACAACGAUUUAUUGGUCUUCAAUACAUUUCGAACGAUGUCACCAAUAUUUCAACACAAAGUACAUUAUGUUGCCACUUGAAAGUAAAUAAAUGGUAAUUAAAAUACUCGAAUAAUAUAAAUACACUAACUUUUAAUUGUUUCUGAGGCAUAAUAUGUUGAGACUUCCAAAUUAAUCCAAUGGCAAUGACGUUUUCAAAUUCUGUUUUAUUAUAUCUAACCAUUUCUUGUAUUAAAGUUCCUUUUCUAAGCCUAAUUUGCGUUAUUUAUUAGAGUCAUCGCAUGUUUCAUCAUUAUAAGUGUUACAUUUUCUAACUUAACAUUCCAAUAUAAAUUUCACCUUAGUAUAAUCAAUGUAUUAUCGAUAUCAUUAUUGUUAUUGUUAUCUCAUUUGUAGAUAUAGUGAAACU